AUGGCUUAUUCAUCAUUUUCCAGUAGUGAGGUUUCAGAAGUCUCUGACCAAGACCUCUCAGUUGAGCUUCCUUCAGAUCGGGAACAGUGGAGACUUGACACCCAAUGCAAAGUCUGCCAAAUGUCUUUAAAUAUCCCAGGAAUUUCUCAUUCACAAAAAAAUUCCUGCAUGUUUUGCUAUAGAGGAAUCUGUGCCAAAUGCAUCACUAAACAAGCUAUUCACCCAGAAACCCAAAAAUUAGAAAAAAUGUGCAUAACCUGCAGCCAAAGGAUUUUAAUAACAGAUUUUCAUAGUGAGUACAGAAAAUAUCGGCAAGAAAUAUCAGAAUUAAAGUUAAGGAUAAAUAAAGAAAUCGAAAACCGAGAAAAAUUUUCUAAAGAAAGGAAAACUUUAGAAGAAGAUCUAGAAAACAGCCAGUCUGAUUAUGAUGUCCAGCUGGAUUUAUUAUUACAAAAACGGAACACAGCUCAAAAAAAUAAAGAAGAAUUAUUAAAAAAACAAAAAGAGCUAGAAAUUCAGCUUAAUUACGCGAAAGAAAAACAAAGAGUUGAUUUAAAAGUGGUAGAGGAACUGGAAAACCAAAAAAAUGAAGAAAAAACAAAUUACGAAAAUAGACGAAAUGAGCUGAGCGAGCUUAAACAAAAAUUUGAAGAAUUAGUGGCCUUAAGGAUUUUAGUAUUAAGAAAAGCUGACCAAAAUUCAGGCUCUAUUAGCAAUCAUGAAGAAAAAGCAAAAAUGCAAGAAAUUAUAGAGGAGCUAUCAAAGCAAAAAGAAGAAAUUCAAGAAAAAACUAAUGGGCUUUUGGUGCAGCUAAAUUUAACUGUUAAAUCUAAUUUGGAAAAAGAAAAAGAAAUUGAGAAGCUGGAAAACGAUUUAAACGAAAAAAAAUUAAAUUCCGUAAAUCCCUUUGAGACUAAUGAAAAUAAGCAGACACAAGAAACUUUUAUUAGCGAUGAAGAAGAGGACAAUAAGAAGGCAACUAACGACUAUUAUGAAGGACCUGAAAUAAUAGUAAAAAUGGAGCCUGAAAAUUAUAUAGAAAACGUUAAAAAGUCUUUCAUUAAGCACAGACAAAGCCAAAAUGACGAUACAGAUCUGAAAUCCCAAAUAGUCGUGGAAAGCCAAAAAUGCAUUAAGUGCAUCUUAUUUUAA